AUGGCUAUGCAUCCACCAAUAAAUAUCCCUAGGGAAAGAAUCACUGUGCUGGAGCAUGCACCGUGGCCUCCAGAAACCACUCUGCUUCAAGCACGGACCGGAAAAGUCAAGAAAGCCGGCCUCGGGGGACACAUCACCACCGCCAUCUACAAGAAAGCACAUACAGAGCCGAUCUUCUGUGGACCGACAGGUUUAGAAGGAGAUGAACACUCUGCAGCAUUCCAUGGUGGCACAGAACGCGCUGUACAUCAGUAUGACUCUGGCAACUAUAAAGAAUGGCGAUCAGAAAAGGGCAUUGCUCAACCCGAUCUGUACGAGGUUGGGUCAUUUGGAGAGAAUCUUGUUACAACGGGAAUGAGGGAAGACAAUGUCUGUAUUGGCGAUGUGUAUAAGCUCGGCUCCGGCGUCCUGCUGGAGGUAAGCGAGCCAAGACAUCCCUGUUACAAACUCAACCACCGCUUUCAGUGGCCGAGGAUGUUGAAGCGCACGAUUCAAUCCGGCCGAUCUGGCUGGAAUAUGCGAGUCCUACAGCCGGGCAUGGUCUGUAAAGGAGACAAAAUCUCGCUACUCGAACGGCCUUACCCGGAAUGGUCUAUACUGAACGUGCAGAGAGUCAUCAGGGGUAAGACUGUCCCUCUUCGUCUGCUGUCCGAAUGCACGCAGCUGCCAAUGACUCAAUUGUGGCUUGACAUUGCAAACGAAAAGCUGAUACACUCCCCAAAACCAUACAAACUCGUCGAUGCCCGGAUGGUUGCCUCCCGCGUCCGUAAACUCACUUUCGAGCUGAGCGAGAAUCUGGUGCUUAGGACACCUGAAUUUAACGCUUACGCUUUCGCCAUGAUCACCUUUGGACCCAAGGGCAACCCGAUUAGCCGCACCUACUCAAUUGUUGAGGGAAAUCUGUACAAAUUCACCCUCGGAGUGUCUCUUCAUCAGAACUCCACAGGCGGCUCGACCUAUCUCCACGACUCUCUCAAAAUUGGGGAUGAGAUCACAAUGUCUCCUGGUGACAAUUUGGGUGCGCAAGAAAAGGAGAAAAAGUGUGACGAGAGUCUUCAGAGAGUCGUGAUCGUCGGGGGCAUCGGAGUCACUGCCUUCCUUCCAUCCAUCCAGGAUUGGGAAAACAAAGGCCUGCCAUAUCAUGUCCACUACGCAGCUCGUAUGCCUGAAGAAGCUGCCUUCCUCAAUCGACUUCGUAAGGAUAAAACCUCUCUUUACUUUUCUGGAGAGGGUAAUCGCCUCAAUAUAUCAUCCAUCAUCCCUAAGUUGUCCCAAGACGGCACACCGAACGUCCGGAUAUUCUCCUGCGGCCCAUCGAGGAUGAUGAAAGAAUGUGCCCGAAUCACUAGCGAGCUUGGCUACCCAGAGCACAUGGUCCAUUAUGAAGAUUUCGGGAGUGCUGAAGGGGGCGACUUUGGCGACCCGUUCGACGUCGAAGUCGACGACCCGGACGAGAGCAGACAUGGCGUCCUGACAGUCCCAGCCAACAGGACUCUUCUCGACGCGUUGACGCAGGCCGGGUUCGAUGUUGCUUCAUCUUGUCUCAGCGGUGCAUGCGGUGCGUGCAAGGUGAUUCUCUGCAAAGGAAACGUCCAACAUAAAAGCACGGCUCUCCUGCCUAGCCAGAAGGGGGUUGCCUUACAAGCUUGUGUGGAUCGUGGAAUUGGGAACAUCAAGAUUGAGAUUGAAUAG